AUGGUGGCUAUCACAGAGUUCCAGAAAAUUGGCUUUGGUCUGAUGGGAUUCAGUUUAUUUUUCCUGCUCUUUGGUGUGCUGUUGUACUUUGACUCUGUCUUGAUGGCCUUUGGGAAUAUCUUGUUUUUGAGUAGCUUGACAUUCAUCAUCGGCUUCAGGAGGACAGCUCACUUCUUCUUCCAAAGACACAAGUUUCGAGGUUCGUUCUUCUUCCUGGGAGGUGUGUCUCUGGUGCUGUGCCGUUGGCCAAUCGUUGGAAUUCUGUUGGAGAGUUAUGGCUUUGUGCUUUUAUUUAGGUCUUUCUUCCCCAUGGCCUUGGGAUUUGUGCUGUCAGCUGUGAAUAUUCCUGUCCUCAAUACAUUCUUCUCCAGCAGCUCCUCCAUGGUCUGA